GUUAACUUCCGGCUUUAGACUUCCGGUGUGUGAAGUGAUUGGUUACUUCUCAGUAGUGGGCGGGGUUUCGUUCUCCUGUCGGAUAACUCUUCCUGUCAGCGGCCGGUGAGUCCUUAUCGCGGCGUCAUGGGCAAGAAGGACAAAUGGGACCGAGACAAGAAGAAAUCCAAGAAGCGUCACUACGAUGAAGAGGAGGAUGAUGAGGAUGACGGGCCGACCAAUGACCAGGAGGCCGUGCCCUCCGCAGCCGGGAAGCAGGUGGACGAGGACGGCACCAAGCGUGAUGAGUACAACGCCAAGGACUACAGGUCCCAGAUGCCCCUGAAGGGUGACCACGCGUCCCGUCCGCUCUGGGUGGCCCCGGAUGGACACAUCUUCUUGGAAGCCUUUUCUCCGGUCUAUAAAUACGCCCAAGAUUUUCUUGUCGCCAUCUCGGAGCCAGUCUGUCGCCCGGUGCACGUUCACGAGUAUAAGCUGACAGCCUACUCCCUGUACGCCGCAGUCAGCGUGGGGCUACAGACCUCCGAUAUUGUGGAUUAUUUACAGAAACUGAGCAAAACGGGCGUCCCCGAGGGCAUUGUGCAGUUCAUCAAGCUCUGUACCGUCAGCUAUGGGAAGGUGAAGCUGGUCCUGAAGCAUAACAGAUACUUUGUAGAGAGCGCCCACCCAGAAGUCAUUCAGGAUCUGCUUAAAGAUAGCCUCAUCCGCAGCUGCCGACUAAGGAAUGAGGAGGGUGAGGAGACCGAACUGAUCACCGAGACCUUCACCAGCAAAUCAGCUAUCUCUAAGACGACUGAUCCGGCCGGUGGCCCCUCCACCUCCCAGGUCCCGGACACACAGAAUAAGACGGACGUCCCCACCGACCUGUUUGAGUUCUAUGAACAGAUGGACAAAGAGGAAGAAGAGGAGGAGGAGACACAGACGGUAUCAUUCGAGGUUAAACAGGAAAUGAUUGAGGUUCUGCAGAAGCAGUGCAUCCACCUGGAGUACCCGCUCCUGGCAGAGUACGAUUUCAGGAAUGACACUAUGAACCCGGACAUAAACAUUGACCUGAAGCCCACCGCCGUCCUGCGGCCGUAUCAGGAGAAGAGUCUGCGCAAGAUGUUUGGCAAUGGGCGCGCCCGCUCCGGGGUAAUCGUGCUGCCGUGUGGUGCGGGGAAGUCUCUGGUUGGCGUCACUGCCGCCUGCACCGUGAGGAAGAGGUGCCUGGUGCUGGGGAACUCCGCCGUGUCUGUGGAGCAGUGGAAGUCGCAGUUUAAGAUGUGGUCUACGAUUGACGACAGCCAGAUAUGUCGCUUUACGUCUGACGCCAAGGACAAGCCCAUCGGCUGCUCCAUCGCCAUAAGCACUUACUCCAUGCUGGGACACACCACCAAGAGGUCGUGGGAGGCGGAGCGGGUGAUGGAGUGGCUGAAGAGUCAGGAGUGGGGGCUGAUGAUCCUGGACGAGGUGCACACCAUUCCAGCGAAGAUGUUCCGUCGUGUCCUGACCAUUGUCCAGGCUCACUGCAAGCUUGGCCUCACCGCUACCCUUGUCCGAGAGGACGACAAGAUAGUUGACCUGAAUUUCCUGAUCGGCCCAAAGUUGUAUGAAGCCAACUGGAUGGAGCUGCAGAACAAUGGCUACAUCGCGAAGGUGCAGUGUGCAGAGGUCUGGUGCCCAAUGUCUCCAGAAUUUUACAGAGAAUACGUUGCCAUCAAGACAAAGAAGAGGAUUCUGUUGUACACCAUGAACCCAAAUAAAUUCCGAGCCUGCCAGUUCCUGAUUAAGUUCCAUGAGCGGCGGAGUGACAAGAUCAUUGUGUUUGCGGACAAUGUGUUUGCGCUGAAGGAGUACGCCAUCAAGCUCAACAAACCCUACAUCUACGGCCCGACCUCCCAGGGAGAGAGGAUGCAAAUUCUACAAAACUUCAAGCACAAUCCAAAAAUCAACACCAUCUUUAUAUCAAAGGUUGGAGACACUUCCUUUGAUUUACCUGAAGCGAAUGUCCUGAUCCAAAUCUCAUCACACGGCGGAUCCCGCAGGCAGGAGGCGCAACGUCUGGGCAGAGUCCUGAGAGCAAAGAAACGAAUGGUUGCUGAGGAGUAUAACGCCUUCUUCUACUCUCUGGUGUCCCAGGACACUCAGGAAAUGGCCUAUUCCACCAAGAGGCAGCGAUUCCUGGUGGACCAGGGUUACAGUUUUAAGGUGAUCACUAAGCUGGCCGGCAUGGAGGAAGAGGACCUGGCCUUCGCCACCAAAGAGGAGCAGCAGCAGCUUCUUCAGAAAGUCCUGGCCGCCUCCGACCUCGACGCUGAAGAGGAAGUGGUGGCCGGAGAAUUCGGAUCCAAAUCCACUGGCGUCGCCCGUCGCGUCGGCACCAUGAGCUCCAUGUCCGGGGCAGACGACACCGCGUAUAUGGAAUAUCAGGCUCUGAGAAACAAAGGCGCCGGCGCUAACAAGCACGUUCACCCGCUCUUCAAACGCUUCCGCAAGUGACCUCCCGGGUCCUGCUCCCAUAGAUCUGACGCGGCGUCCGUACAGCGAUAUGGACCGGAAGACGACUGUGAACUCGUCUCUUCUUGAAAUGCGUCAGUCGGAUACUUUUUUUUUCCAGACUAUUUAUUUGCUGCAUUUUCCCGUAGAUGACGGCGGGGGAUGCACGGACAUGAAUAUUCCUUACAGGAAUAGUACAGGGUGAGAUUUCUCUCCUACCUAUAGUGUCUCAUUAUAAUGUAGUGAUACAUUGGCACGGAUCAGCUCCUGUGUCUGACAUGGACACCGCUGCUGGCGGGGACACCUUUUUAUACCAUUUGUUUCUAUAUUACUGUAGGGUAGGUGUAAUUCCUUACUAUAAAAUCUUUCUUUUUGUUGUGACUCUGCUUUGU